AUGGCCAAGAUCUAUGAUUUGAAUACUGUCUCAUCGGAGGCUGAGCUCAGAGAUGUGUUGAACCAACUUCAUGAGCGGGAAGAUAUUCUCAUCGACAAACUUGAUGUCCCAAUAAAGGGAAGUGAAGAGUUCGACCGACAGCUUGGCGGCCUGGAUAGCCUUCAUGGAGACUUGGAUAUGCAGCUCAUCGCAACUAGAAGCAUUCAUAGUGCGAUAUAUGGAGAAGAAAAGGGUAGAGGCCACGCUGACCGUGAUCGAACAAGUCUUGGAGCUCAAAGCGUGUAUAGCUGGUCUUUAGGCAGCAUGGGUGCUCCUCAAGACUGGGAGGCUGCCGCCAACUACCUCUCACGCAUAUCGGAUAUACCCGAGGAGGUAAUUCACGGAGACUUCGCUCUAGCCAUUGUACCAAGCAUUGAGGCUCCAGAUCCCCCUUGGGCUACAAUCCAGACUGCUCGCAAGAGCCUCAGCGCUCUAUUCUUGAGGGAAUUCGAAGAGGCUACUAAGAAAGGGGACGGAGAAAAGGUCGUACGCUUCUUCAAACUAUUUCCGUUCCUUGGAGGUGGUGAGGAGGAAAAGGGACUGGAGGCCUAUGGACAGUAUAUCUGCCAAGGUAUGGCGGAAAUAGCCCGAUCAACUCUCAGGGGGCCACACAAGGAACGUGGCAGACAGAAAGAUUUAUUCUAUGCAAAUAACCUAACACGGCUGCUUGAGCACAUUUUACAGAUCAUCAACAGCCACAGUGGUCUGGUAGAGAGGCACUACGGCGCUGAUAAAGUCGUGAAGGUCAUUGAAAGACUUCAAAAAGAGGCUGACGUUCAGGGCGGGGUUAUCUUGGACUUGUGGAAUGACGAGCGGGCGGUCGACAGGAUUAUGGCCGAUAUCAAGAGCUACCCUUUCUCUUUCCUCUCGAAAAGCAUGAUGCCAGUACAGAGAGGCACCAGUUUUGCCUUUCGAGGCAACGAGCUGAAAAAAGAUGAAUUUGACCUGGAUGUGAAGAAAGUUGAGGGGCUUUUUGUGGAAAUGACAACAAUGCUAAGGAGUUGGUCGCUUUAUAAACGAUUCAUUGCAAGUAAAUGCAAGGGCGUUCUCAACCAAGCAGAAAAGCUACCGCUUCCGAAAUUUCUUGAUCAAUGUGAUCUCCAUGAAAAGAUCUCAGAGAAGCUCAUCGAGCCAUAUAGACUUACGGCAACAUUUCUCUUCCGGAGGUCGGUAGAACGGGCUUUUGAGAUUGAUACUACACCAAGUGGCCUCUCACUGUCUAAACCGCACGAUGGUAGUCCACCGUUCAUUCUGCAAGCCGUAGAUGACAUAAUAUACGUGGUGGACAAUCUAAUACAGCAUGUCAUCUCUACGGGAAAUAGAGAGCUGGCAGUCUCUGUCAUGUUGGCUAUCAGCAGGGUCCUCGAAUCGGAUUUCAUCGGGAUCAUUCAUAGGCGCAUGAGGGAUGAGUGCUAUCCCAAACCACCGGCUCAGGGUGGGUUUCCACCAGAGGAAAAAGUCUUGAGCUUCAUGAUUCUGAUGAACACUCUCGACCUGGCUAAAGAAUAUAUAGAGCGUAUUGCGAGCUCUAGAGGCUACGUCUCAGAAACUCAACGUGUCGGUGUGGCUACAGCAUCUACACAAACACUCAGGGAUUCCUUCCCAUUUCUCAGAGAUGCCGAUUCACUUCUGAAUGAUGGCAUCCGAGCACUUUUCGACGAGCUCUUAUGGCCCAGUACCAGGCUAGUCCUUACAACCUCUUUCCAAGAUGCAGUCUACGAUAUGUCUGAAGGAGAGUCCUUGGAUGAAGAGGACGUCGAUAGAGACACAAUGGAGCAAGUGCCGGCGCGAUUCGAAGGCGAGUGGUUGGCCUUGACAAGGCCAUUAAAGCGCAUCAUGACGCCGAGAACAUACGCAGCAUUGAUGAGCCUAACAGCCAACAAGCUAGCAACAGUGUUAGAGAAGCGUGCGUGGAGUUUCUCUGGCCGUGUGACUGCACUUGGUAGUUUACGGUUGGAGUCGGACUUCUCUGGCAUUAUAAGUGUCAUCACCAAGGACAACUACGCCCUUCGAGAGCCGUUUACUCGCUUGCAAGAGAUUCUUGCACUUGCGAAUAUGGAAGACGAUGAAUGGGAUGAGCUUGAGUCAAGAUAUAACUCGUCCGGGCAACGAAGAAGCAGGUUUCUUAGUGACGAGGAAAUGGCCAAGGCGCGCAAGAUCGUGAGAAGAUAA